AUGUCAGGCAGUACUGGAGGCACGGGUGGUCGUUUCGCCCGCGCCGUCACCAUUGUUGCUGGUGUUGCUGCCCUGGUCGCUACCAUCCUGACCUUCCUAUCAACGUGGCUCCAAAGCAAAAACUAUCGCAAGCCGCUUCUACAGCGCUAUGUUAUUCGCAUCCUGAUCAUGGUGCCCAUCUACUCGGCCUCGUCAUGGGCGAGUCUCGUCUCCCUCAAAGCCGCCUUCUGGAUUGGUCCCUUCCGUGAUGUUUACGAAGCCUUUACCCUCUACGCCUUUUUCCAACUCCUGAUCAACUUCCUCGGCGGUGAAAGAUCCCUUAUCAUCAUGAUGCAUGGCCGAGCACCCGUCUCGCAUCUCUGGCCCAUGAACCAUUGUCUUCCCAAAGUUGACAUUUCCGACCCUCACACCUUCCUUACCAUCAAGCGUGGCAUCUUGCAGUACGCUUGGAUCAAGCCUUUACUCGCCACUGCGACCAUCAUCAUGAAGGCCACCAACACCUAUCAAGAAGGCUACAUUGGCGUCACCUCCGGCUACUUGUGGAGUGGUAUAAUUUAUAACGUCAGCAUCACUCUGAGUCUGUAUGCUCUUGCUUUGUUUUGGGUAUGCAUGUCGCAGGAUCUCAAGCCAUUCCGCCCCAUGCCCAAGUUCCUGUGCAUCAAGGGCAUCAUCUUUGCCUCUUACUGGCAGGGUUUCUUCCUCUCCAUUCUCGUCUGGUUGGGAGCCAUCCCCGAUGUCAGCUCAGAGUACUCGGCAGAUAACGUUGCCGCAGCCAUUCAGGAUGCCGCCAUCUGCUUCGAGAUGCCCAUCUUUGCCAUAGCGCACUGGUAUGCCUUUUCCUGGCACGAUUAUGCCGAUCGAACCAUUUCGGAUGCCCGCAUGCCUGUCAAGUUCGCUUUGAGAGAUGCAUUUGGUCCCCGCGAUCUUAUUGAAGAUGCCAAAGAGACCUUUUACGGCACCAAGUACGAAUAUCGAUACUUUGAUGCCGAAGACAAUGUCAUUGCCCAUGAAGAUUCCGCAUCACGUGUCGCUCGUAUGAGAGAAGGUAUGCGGUAUGGUAGGGGAGGCAAGGGAAAAUACUGGCUGCCUGAGAGAGGUCAUGCCGAUGCAAAGACUCCUUUGUUGGGUGGUAACAGCCGCGCACGAACAAUGAGUCCUGGUGGUGGUGCCAAGUCUCCUUCACCUCAUGGAUCCUUCAGAUACGGCGCGCAAUCACUGGCAGAAGAGCCUGAACUGGACUCCGAAGAAGAGCAACUCUACAGCAGCGCGAGAGCACUGGAGUUUGGGGAUUGGAACUAUCCCGUCAUCAACACACACUACGCCAACAGUGAAGACAGAAUGCGCGCCGAGCCAGACAUCAUUACUGCUUCGACCAACCGUCAGCUUUUGCAACCAGGUAACAAGAACUAUCGCGAGAGACGGAAAAGCAAGAUUCACGGCAUCCAAGAGAAUGCCCGCCAGGGUAAGAAACACCGUGACAGUGGCAGCAGCAGCCGCUCCAAGGCCAAGUCGUCGAUACCUGUCAUUGGCAGUCUGUUGCGACACGAAUCAUCAGAGUCGGCCGCGACGGUAAAUUCACACAACAGCCAGCUGGUCGACCUGAUUGUGGAAGAUCACGAAGCAGAAGAGGUCGAACGCGUCAGAGCUCGCAAAGAAGGUGGACCAGGAUGGAAUGAGAUUGAGCAAAAGCAUUUCGUUAAGACGUACCCUGAAGAUGAGGGUGCUGCGGAGGAGGUCAGAGAAGGAUACAAUCCGGAUCGUGUUGAUCACGUCGACGAAGACGAGUCACACAACUUGAACCAACCUUUCACCGUUGGUGAUUACGAAGACGAGGAGCAGGAACCGCAGGAUGAGCUCGACCACGAUCAACCAUGGGACUCUCGCAAUCAUGAGAGCAAUGUCACGUCCCCGCAGCCCGAAUACGGCAGCUUUAACGACGAGAGGAGUGCAUGGGGAGGACGAUAG